GAAGAAUUGAGGAAAAAGGAGGAAAGAGAAGCUACUGAAGCCCUAAGGCGUGAGCAGGAGCUUUGAGAAGCAAAGAGGCAACAACAAAGGCUGAAUUUUCUUAUUCAACAAACUGAGCUUUACAGCCACUUCAUGCAGAACAAGUCGAGCACUCAGCCAUCUGAAACUACACUUAUGGGGGAUGAGGAAACCAAUGAACAAGAAGAGCAUAUUAUCUCUGUUGAUGCUGGGAAGGUUGAGGAAGAUGAUCCUAAAGAGGCUGAACUAAAGAAAGAGGCCUUGAAAGCUGCGCAAGAUGCAGUUUCUAAGCAGAAAAAACUGACAAGUGCAUUUGAUAAUGAAUGUAUGAAGCUGCGGCAAACUAGUGAACCUGAGGCUCCACAGGAGGUUGCAGGAGCUAGUAACAUAGAUCUACUCCAUCCUUCCACCAUGCCAGUGACAUCAACUGUUCAAACACCACUGUUGUUUAGAGGCACCCUUAAAGAAUAUCAGCUGAAAGGUCUUCAGUGGCUGGUCAAUUGUUAUGAGCAGGUUGAUAAAUGCAACACAUAUUUAAAUUAUACAUAUAAUUUCUCCUUUCUGUUUUUUAUUUUUCUUCUUUUUCCGACUGUUUAUUUGGGAAGUUUUGUCAUUUGUAGAGUUUAAAUGGCAUUCUUGCUG